AAGGUUAGGUCGCAAACGCUUGUAGGAGAGCCUAGCUGUUCUUUGAACUUGGUUUUGGAGGCCUAAUGCAAGACUGUGCACACCUCUUGAUACUUAACCUGGGAUUAAAGCAGUUAAUGGAAUGAGCUCGGGUAUUUAAAUUAGGAUGUCUGGUUUUCUGACAAACAAAAGUUCUGUCUCAGAACUUUUGGAUUUUGUUUUCAUCCUUAAAUUGGAACUGCAUGGACCCUGCAGCUGUUUUCUUCUGUUGCUAGGAGAAGUUGUGUAAGUAACUUAGAGCCACUGAUCCAGUCCUUGACAGGAAUCCAAGCAUCCCAUUUUGAUGGUGGGGGGAGGUUAACCAAGUAGAAUGACUUUAUAACGGUGUUCUUGGAUCACUCUUCAAAUCAUUUCAGUGAUGUUUUGUACAUAUUUUUCUGGACUAUGAAGUGUUCCAUGCUGAAACUCCUUUCUGCCCCAAAAGAGCAGAAAACUGUUUGUGGGUGGCUUGGACUGGAGUACAACACAAGAAACUCUUCGUAGCUAUUUCUCCCAGUAUGGAGAAGUCGUAGACUGUGUAAUAAUGAAAGAUAAAACAACAAACCAGUCUCGAGGAUUUGGAUUUGUCAAAUUUAAAGAUCCCAACUGUGUAGGAACAGUACUGGCCAGUAGACCUCAUACGUUAGAUGGCCGAAAUAUUGAUCCAAAGCCAUGUACACCUAGGGGGAUGCAACCAGAAAGGACACGACCGAAGGAAGGAUGGCAGAAAGGAUCCAGGAGUGAUAACAAUAAAUCAAAUAAAAUUUUUGUUGGUGGGAUUCCUCAUAACUGUGGCGAGACAGAGCUCAGGGAAUACUUCAAGAAAUUCGGAGUGGUCACUGAAGUUGUAAUGAUCUAUGACGCAGAGAAACAGAGGCCCCGAGGUUUUGGAUUUAUUACUUUCGAGGACGAACAAUCAGUGGACCAGGCUGUCAACAUGCAUUUUCACGACAUCAUGGGCAAAAAAGUGGAGGUAAAACGCGCAGAACCUCGUGAUAGCAAAAGCCAAACUCCAGGGCCUCCCGGCGCCAGUCAGUGGGGAAGCAGAAUCAUGCCGAGUGCUGCCAAUGGCUGGGCAGGGCAGCCCCCUCCGACCUGGCAGCAAGGAUACGGCCCUCAAGGGAUGUGGGUGCCAGCUGGACAGGCAAUUGGUGGAUAUGGACCACCUCCUCCAGGAAGAGGAGCUCCACCACCACCACCACCAUUUACCUCAUACAUAGUCUCUACACCUCCUGGAGGAUUCCCACCUCCACAAGGAUUUCCACAGGGCUAUGGCACCCCUCCACCAUUUAGUUUUGGUUAUGGUGCUCCACCUCCUCCACCUGACCAGUUUGCCCCACCUGGAGUACCCCCUCCACCUGCCACUCCAGGGGCAACACCACUAGCUUUUCCACCACCACCACCACCAUCUCAGGCAACUCAGGACAUGAGCAAACCCCCAACUGCUCAGCCAGAAUUCCCUUAUAGUCAGUUUGGGUAUGGACAAGACUUGAGUGGUUUUGGACAAGGUUUCUCUGAUCCCAGCCAGCAACCCCCUCCCUACGGAGGCCCCUCGGUGCAACCAUCAAGUGGCCCACCAGCAGGAGGAAGUGGUUUUGGACGAGGACAGAACCAUAAUGUGCAAGGAUUUCACCCCUACAGGCGCUAGCGUGGGCUGGCAAUCAGGGAAUUCUGUCCACACAGGGAUGUCUGGUACCAGCUGAACCCAGGAAUCCCAGACUUCUGAACUUGUGACAAUCACAUACUUGAUGGAAGAAAAACCUAACAACUUUUUUUUUUUUUGGGGGGUGGGGUGGGGUGGGGGGGGUGGGGGAAGAUGGCUUCUGAAGGCAAAGCUGUGGGUGUUUGGACUGCAGUUUUUAAAUAUUUUCCUUUCUCUAACCCAUCAGCACAAAUAAAGAAAAUGUCACUGGUUCAAACUUACAGGGUUUUAAAAAUGUCUUCAGCUUUAAUUCAAAACUUCAGGUUUCUUUUUUUUGAAAUUAUUUUUCCUGAGCCUUUGUUUUACCGUAUAUUGUAAACUUUUAUGUUUAAAAGAAAAAAAUAUAUACAUUUACAGAUUGUGAAAUUUUUAAGAGAAAUUUUCUACUAUGUAUGCUGGCUUAUUUUUUAAUUUAAAACAGGGUUUCCGUUAGCACUGUUGGAAGUGAGGGUAAGCUGCAAACCCCCUUACUCCUGACAUUAGUGGUGGGGCGGAUGGUUCAGAAACUCUGGGAGUUAAAAGAAAUCUACUGAGUGUAUUUUGCUUUUGUUACCUGAUGGUAUAGAACUGGUAACAAGGCAGGUGCAGACUUGUUGACGCACAGAGUCACUUACGAAGCGCAGUGUUAGAUCUGUGCUUCAAAAGCUUUCAAAUCCUCUGUGGAUUUCAUUAGGGGUUAACGGAGGCCUUGUUAAGAUGUAGAUUUCCCUCAGGCAAAAGGUUUAGGUGCAUUUUGCGCUAACCAGUGAUUACCCCUGGUUUGAAUAAAGAGAAGUACAUUUGGAUUAGAAACACAA